AUGUCAGAUGCAGAAGUGGACCUUAAGCAUAGUUUUGAGAGUGCUGACUAUGAUGGUGAGGGAGAAGAUGGGGCUCGAGCAUUCUUCCCGUUUGAUGACAAAGAUGAGAAGGAAUCUCCCAAUGAUGGAAGUGCUCCAAACCUUCUAGAAUUGGACAGAAGUCAUAGUAUAUCUGAUUCUGAUGACAUUCAGCUGCCACGUACUCAUGCUGCCAAAGAUGCUGAUGACCAUGUUGCUCAACAGAAAUCUAAGAGGGAAGCUGAGGCAGAGGAGAGAGAAAAGAUGCAAGUCUUGGUGUCAAACUUCACUGAGGAGCAGCUGGACCGUUAUGAGAUGUACAGGCGAUCUGCUUUCCCAAAGGCUGCAAUCCGACGAUUGAUGCAGACCAUCACCGGAAGUUCAGUGAGCCAGACAGCAGUCAUUGCAAUGUCUGGCAUUGCCAAGGUCUACAUUGGGGAAGUUGUUGAAGAAGCUCUGGAUGUGAUGGAGAAAUGGGGAGAUGGGUGUCCCCUACAGCCAAAACAUCUGCGAGAGGCACUCCGGAGACACCGCCGAAGGAACGCUGCUCAGCUUGGCAGGGGAAGACAACUUUUCCGAUUUUCCUAGCAUUGGGAAAGUAAAUUCAUGAAAUGGUCUCUUUGGAACGAUUGUGUCCUGCUAUCAUGCAAAAUAACUGGAUGUGAAGGUGUUUGUCAAUAAACUGAAUGAAUGAUUCAUCCAAGAA